GGGUGGAGGCUCUCUCGCCUUUUCCUGUGGAGAGUGAGGUUUGGCUGCUACCAAAGUUACUUCCAGUCCUUGCUGUCCCUCCUGGCCUCCUGUGGUCCUUCCCAGGGACCCCUGCAUUCAGCCUCCAUACUCAGAGGUACCAGGGAGUCCCGACCAAUUGCUCUUGGCUCCUCAACUGGCUUCCUCCCUCCAGUGGCUUAUGGGGUACUAUCCUGCCCAGCUCUGCUAAGAUGAUCCUGGCCUCUCCCUCCACCCCGUCCAGGGGACGGACCCCCAGCGCCGUGGAGAGGUUGGAGGCCGACAAAGCCAAGUAUGUCAAGACACACCAAGUGAUAGCACGACGUCAGGAGCCAGCCCUGCGUGGGGGUCCCGGACCGCUCUCCCCGCACCCCUACAAUGAGUUGGGACCCCCUGGAUCUCCCAGGACGCCCAGGCCCGCCCGCCGGAGCAGCGGCAGGCGGCUGCCAAGGCCUGACUCCCUCAUCUUCUACCGCCAGAAGCGGGACUGCAAGGCUUCGGUGAACAAAGAGAACGCCAAGGGCCAGGGGCUGGUGCGGCGCCUCUUCCUGGGGGCCCCCCGCGACGCCACCUCGAGCAGUCCCGGCCCAACCGAGCGACCAGCGGCUCCUGGGGUUUGGGCCGCUCCCCAAGAUGCCCCGGAAGCGUCAGGAAAGCGGGCGCUGUGCCCCACAUGCUCACUGCCCUUGUCGGAGAAGGAGCGCUUCUUCAACUACUGCGGCCUGGAGCGCGCGCUGGUGGAGGUGCUGGGCGCUGAGCGCUUCUCUCCGCAGAGCUGGGGCGCCGACGCCAGCCCCCAGCCCGGGGCGCCGCCGCCGCCCGGCUCCGGGGACACCAGCGACUGGACGUCCAGCGACACGGAUCGCCCGGACGGUGCUGGCGGCGGCGGGGGCGGAGGCGGCGGCGGCUCGGAGGCCGCGGGCUCGGCGCGGGACGGGCGCCCCCCGGUGUCCGUGGUGGAGCGCAACGCGCGCGUCAUCCAGUGGCUGUACGGCUGCCAGCGCGCCCGCGACCCGCCGCGCGAGUCCGAGGUGUGAUUGCGGCCGCUCGGGAGCGGGCUUCCGGGAAGUCCGGGGUCCGGGCAGGGUUAGGGGGUGGGAGCGGGGCUGGACCCGGGCACCGGAAGGGACGCCCUGCCUCUGACGCGCCGGGUGCCGUGGGGCGAGACCUUCCCUCUGGAUCUGGGCUUCCCCUUGUGAACCUUGGGAGGCUGGGACAAAAUGAUUCCCAAAGGCCCUUCCCAGCGCAGACGGCGGAGGGGGAGGGGGCAGCUAUGUGGCCCCUGUGGAGGCCGGGUCUGGGGAGAGAGGUCUGGGGUGGGAGAUCAGAGAAUCUGCUGAAUAAAGCCACAAUGUUAUUUAAAGGAGUCGUGAUGUUGGAUUAGAGAGUCCAUAUUGA